AUGGGGGGAGGUCUGCGGAAGAAAAGUCAAAAGGAAGCAGAAGCCUUUGCCUUGUACCACAGAGCGCUGGACCUUCAGAAGCAUGACCUCUUUGAAGACUCUGCCAAGGCUUACCAUGAACUGCUUGAGACUCGUCUCUUGCGAGAAGCAGUUCCAUCUGGGGAUGAGAGGGAGGGAUUAAAGCAUCCUGGUUUGAUGCUGAAAUAUUCAACUUACAAAAACUUGGCCCAGCUGGCUGCACAGCGAGAUGACAUUGAGACAGCUAUGGAGUUCUAUCUGGAGGCUGUGCUGCUCGACUCCACUGAUGUCAACCUGUGGUAUAAAAUUGGUCACGUGGCACUGCGGCUUACUCGCCUGCCCCUGGCGCGGCACGCUUUUGAGGAGGGGCUUGCCUGUAAUCCAGAUCAUUGGCCUUGUUUGGAUAAUCUUAUCACGGUCCUCUACACUCUCAGUGACUACACAACGUGCUUAUAUUUUAUUUGCAAAGCGCUGGAGAGAGAUAACUGUUACAGCAAAGGACUUGUUAUUAAGGAGAAGAUCUUUGAGGAGCAGCCAUGCCUCAGAAAGGACUCCUUAAGGAUGUUCCUUAAAGGUGACCUGUCAGUGUGUGAUGUCCCUGUGAGCGCAUCCGAAACACAAGCAAUCCUUGAAGAAGCCCUGGAGCUGCGCAGGAAGAGGCAGGCUCUGAUGGCACGGAAGACGGAGCCAGAUCUCAAGCUUGCCCAGCCCAUUUCUCUGUUCACGUGGAAAUCUUUGGGCGAAAGUUUAAUCGCCACGUACCUGCAUCUCACAACUUGUGAGCCACCUCAUCCCAGCUUGGGCAAAAGAAUUGAUCUCUUGGAAUACCAAGAUCUGGACCAGCACUUGGAUAGCCAUACAAAUUCAGCUCCCGUCAGUGUUCUUCAUCCCAGUCCUGUCAGCUCUAGCCCACUGGUGCCUUUGACUGAACCGCUGCUCACAUAUACACCACUGACACCCAGCUUCCCCAGUAUGACUGUGUUGGAAUCAGUAAAUCCUGCAGGUGAUGCUUCUGUGGGUGACAAAUCCAAGAAAGGAUUGAAACGGAAGAAAAUCACAGAAGAGAGUGGUGAGACGGCAAAGAGGAGAUCAGCUCGAGUCAGGAAUACCAAGUGCAAAAAAGAGGAAAAAGUUGAUUUCCAGGAGCUGCUAGUAAAAUUCCUUCCUUCACGCCUAAGGAAGCUUGAUCCAGAAGAAGGAGAGGGUCCAUUCAACCACUACGAGAUCCAAACCACAGCAAAAGAAGAGAACUUCCAGCAUGUCGGCUCACACAGAAUGUCACUUGACCUGACAGUCUGUAUGGAAUCUGAAAAGCAGGAUGUUCAUAAAUUCCUGUUGGCUAAUUUGAACAAUGGAGGCAUCCUUGAACUGAUGAUGAGAUACCUGAAAGUGAUCAGCCAGAAGUUCCUGGUCAAGUGGCCACCAGGCUUGCCUGAGGUUGUCCUGAAUAUUUACAACAACUGGAGAAAGCACAGCAGUAGCCUACCCAACCCACUAUUAAGGGACUGUCGCAAUCAACACAUCAGGGAGAUGAUGCUGAUGAGUCUGUCCUGCAUGGAAUUGCAGCUGGACCAGUGGUUGCUGGCCAAAGGGAAGAGCUCGAUGGUGUCUCCCAGGAAUGGUCCUGCAGCCAGCUCUGCGAAUGGCAAAUUUGGCCCUGACUUCCCAGGUACCCAUUUCUUGGGGGAUCUGCUACAGCUUUCGUUUGCUUCUUCCCAGCGGGAUCUCUUUGAGGAGAGUUGGUUGCAGUUUGCCGUUCGAGUGUAUUGGUUGAAAGCUCGAUUUCUGGCUCUGCAGGGUGAAAUGGAGCAGGCCUUGGAAAAUUAUGAUGUCUGCACAGAGAUGCUUCAGCAUUCUGCUGCCAUGGAAGCCACACCUGACAGCGACAAGAGGGUGGUGAUCAGGUUGCCCAACCUCCAUGUUGAUUCUGUGGUUUCUUUGGAAGAGAUCGAUAAGAAUCUGAAGUCUCUGGAGAGAUGCCAGUCUUUGGAGGAGCUUCAGCGCUUGUAUGAGGCUGGAGAUUACAGGGCUGUGGUUCAGUUGCUCCGCCCAACUUUGUGCCUCAAUGGGGACAGCAGGACGAAGCACUUGGAGUUUGUCAUCUCCAUACCAGAGAGGCCAGCUCAGCUGCUCUUGCUACAGGAUUCCCUCCUGCGGCUGAAGGACUAUAAGCAGUGCUUUGAAUGUUCUGAGGUGGCCUUGAAUGAAGCUUUUCAGCAGAUGGUUAAUACAACAGCAACUUCUGCCAAGGAAGAGUGGGUGGCCACUGUAACCCAGCUGCUCCAGGGGAUUGAUCAUUCUCUCUCAGCAGACAGCAGCAGCCUCAAUGAAGCUUGUGCGGUGCAGAACCUCAUCCGGCUAAGCAACAACCUCAUCCAGAUUAUCGAUUGUAGCAUGGCAGUCCAGGAGGAACCCAAAGAACCAUUUGUAUCUUCUGUGCUUCCCUGGAUUAUUCUUCAUCGGAUCAUUCAACGUGAAGAAGAAAAUUUCCAGUCCCUUUGCUGCCAGCAAGAGGAGCAGCUCCAAAAUCCACAUGGGGAAGUGUCUCCAAUUCAAGACACACCUAUGCUGCCCUCUUCCCUUAUGCUACUGAACACCGCCCACGAAUAUCUUGGAAGGAGAUCCUGGUGCUGCAACUCAGAUGGAGCUCUUCUUAAAUUUUAUAUAUCCUUGCUUCAAUCAAAUCCUGUAAUUUAGUAUGAACCAAAUGCCCUUGUGCCCAUCUCAACCAUUUCAAAGAAAAUUAUCAGCAACUCAAGAAUUUAUCAGACAUUUUAUUUCUGGCAGAAUUAGUCUUCCAACGGAAGUCUGGGUUGAUGAAAUCUCCCAUCACAAUCACUUCAUAGUUGUUUUUUGUUUUUGUCUGUGGGGUGGGUUUUUUGCUUUUGUUUUUGUUUUUAGGCUUCAAUCAACUACCUUAAGAAAUCUUCAACCUCUUCUGACUGAUUUGGUGGUUUGUAGCAGACUCAUAGCAAUAAUUCCCUUGUUUAUCUCAGUCCAGUAGGAUGGGAUGUCUAACAGACUCUGGGAACUUGGAAGAGGAAGCUAGGUCAUUACAGAAGAAAUUCCUGAGUCCGGGGAGGGGGGAAGAGUUUGGCCUUCUUGGUAAUAAGGAACUGUCAGCCCUAUGAGGUAGGUCAGAUCAAGAAACCACAGGAAGACUUUAUAUAUACUUUAUGGAGAAAGGCUCUAGUAACAGAAUCUUGCAAGUCUGCUUGUGUUUCUCCUCCCCUCCCUCUUACACCUCACUGAGUCACAAAGGAGCCCGCUUGAGCCUCUUCCCAAUACUGUCUCCUUUCCCAGGACUUAAGGAAUGCUUCUGCCCUUGUUCUUUCUGUAACAGCUUCUGAAUAAUCCCCUUCAAGGCCGUCUCCAUGACUAUCUACACCAACCAACAAAAACAAUGAAUGUUCACUAAAUGGAAAUAGCAGAUUUUGACAAUAUUUUCAGUGAAAUAUUUUAAUGAUAAACUGGGAAUCAGGUUCUGUACAACCAAGGAGCACUGUGACUGGUAUCCUCAAAACUCCAAGAAAGAACCAGGAAAGUGAGGAAUGCGAUGUUCAGGAGGGAAUGCAAUCAUCUCUCUUAUCCAUGAUCAGCUCAAGACAGUGGGAGCCCAUCCAAUCUGAAAACCUGCUUAGUCAGUAAGAAAGACAUGCCCUCGUCAGGUCAUCCAGAGUUUGGACAGAUUAAUAAUCUGAAAAUCGUCUGUGUGUAUGUGGUAGUUGAAUUUGGAACAGAAAGUCAGCCUAGAGGAAGAGAGUAUAAACCCUGAGCUUUUUGACAGUGGGAAGGUUUGAGAGAUGGAGCGUUUCAUGGAACCCAGAAGGUUCUAUGAGAUAGAGAAGACCAAAACCACCAAAUGCAAUGGGAACUCAGUCAGGACAACAAUACAUAAUGGUCCAGGGAGUGAAAAGUGACAGACUGUGAGGGAAAGAGAAGAGUGGUUGAAAGCACCCUCUAUGCUUGGGAGAGGCAGCACUGAAAUACCUGGCUGGCGUGACUGCUGCCCCUCCUAGCCUUUCCUGAAGCCAAGCUCACUUUAAUUCCAGCCCCGAAAAGGGACUGAGUUACUACGGCGCUGGCUGGGCCAGGAAACCCAGUGAAGGAGUGCUCAGUUCCCUCCCCCACCCCCACCCCCACCCCCCUGCUUGCUAAGAGAGCAGACUAACCAACACAGACUCACCUCAAAAAGUGAAUAUAUAUCAUCGUAACAGUUAAUAAUUACAAUUCUAUAUAUAGUUAUCUAAUCUAAGUCUUAUCUAAGUCAUAGUUUGAGAUCCAUUGGCACUCUUGCUAUAGAAGUUAAGAUGCUCUCCCAUUGUCUAGGCCAGUGUUUC